CUGGCCGGGUGCGUAUUCUGUCGAGAUACUUCCAUCUUGCCGGUUCAGAGGAGGGGUGGGCCGGCCCGGCAGACAUGGUGAUUGCGGUACUGCGAAGAUGGUAAGGUCGGGAGGGCAGACGGCUGGUGAUGUUGACUUUGGGUGGUGAUGUUUGGUCUCAGGUGGGGUUGGAGGUUGGAGGGGAAGCUAGGGUUCAAGCUCCAAUGCGCCGAAACUGCCUGGAGCUGUUCCCUGGGGCUUAUCGAUAUGGCGUUUCCGCGUCCUUUUAGCGAGAGCGGCCCGCUAUUUACUUUCAUUUGUACCAUGCAAGUCGCUGUAAGCUCUUGUUUCAAGCCUCAUUGCGAAUGACCUGCCGAUAUGAAUUUGGGUUUGAACCUCUUACUUUCGAAUUUGAGCUUUAACUGCUCUUUCAGACUCGGCAUUACAUCCUGCUACAUCAACACACUGACAAUCUACUUGACUAGAUACCAACGAAAGCUCAGGAGGAGCUCAACUUCACAACCGGAAAUUACCUAGGUCAAAGGGAGGCGGCCUAGUUGGUUGACUUUCAAAGUAAUUAAGAACUCUCAUCUACUUGUAUAGUCCAUAGCUGACUUGUACGCUAGAAAAUUGAAUUCCAGUUUACGCUUUGCCUGUCUCAUUCGCUCAACAUGGAUGACUUCUUGACACCAGUGAGCACCAUUCGAAUCACAGACAUGAAAGAAUCAGAAACACCACAAGGCCUCGCCAGCUCUCAACCCAAAUCUUCCACAGCAACAUCAAGCAAACCCGCCCCUGCUUCACCAGAAGAUGCUCUCGAACUCUUGAAACAACGACCUAGCUAUGACGAGCUCAUCGCCUCUUUACGAUUUCUCUCCAAGCAUCAGUCAGAAAAUGAUAUUCCCAGCAUCAAGCGUCCCAGUCCCAUCAGUGCACAACUUGUCCAGGUAUUGGUCUCGGAAAUCGUCACAAACCACUGGAUUCUACUCCAAGAAGAUGCUGGAGACAGCAAGAAUUCCGGAUUCAAACUCCUCCUUUAUUGUCUUUCCAGUAUCACAGGCAUCAACGCGAUUCUAGUCCGUCUGCGGGCUUUGAUACAAGAAUACAAAGCCGAAAGUGAAGGACCUGGGAAGCUCAAAAGACCAGACAUUCAUCUCAACCUUGAAACUCUCUUGGACCUGUUGGAGGGCUUGCUGAAAGGAGACGGGUGGAUUCUCGAGGCUUGGCAGACCGCCAAAGCGUCAUCUGGCCCUGAUGCUGUCACUUCAGCGGUGCGAAUGAGGCCAAGAGCACAAGAGAUCCUGACCCUAUUUGGUGGUGGCAGGAUUGUCUCGCUUGCUGCUGAGGCUGAGAGUAUCGUCAAGGCGAACAAGGCCGCGAAAGAUGGGGACUAUGAGAUCUGGGUGGCAGAUGCACAGCAGUACACCGCAUGGUUGGGGAGAAAUAUUGUUACCUGGCAGUUAUCAAAUGGGGCCACUGAGAGUCCAAAGUUCGGUUCGGAUCUCUUUUCGAAGGGACUGAAGUUGGGUCAUGGUGAAAUCUUGACCAAGCAUGUCCUGGGAGAACUGGUGCUGAAGAAAGGAGCAGACCCGUCCAAGUUCGGCAUGCUGCUGAGCAAUCUGCCGCCUACAGAGCAACGGAAGGUGUUGUUUUCCAUACUGAAGUUGUUCUCCUCAAAAUAUCUCGAUCGACUCGGGCACUGCGACUCUGAAGAAAGCAAGCCAAUAGUAUCUGCGGUUGCUGGCGCAAUCAAAUCGAUCAUCGGCGAAAGCACGAGUCUCAAGAAUUACUUGGUGGAAUGGCUCACCAGCUCAUCAGGGGCCGGUCUUGGCGAAGGGGUGGGCAUCAGGAGAACAGUACUAGCCGUCGUCUCUCAAAACCGGGAUGAUAUCGUUGCUGUACUGGAAAAGAGCUUGAGUCAGUUUGGAGAUCAGCUCUACAUCAAGCAUUCACCAAUGCUACAACAGGAAGCCCAUGCCGAAGUUCUAUUGCUGAGCGCCGGUUAUGUACAUCGAUUGUCACCUAUCAAGCUCACUUUGAUGAUGCGCACCAGUGUUUGGUUGAACGCCAUCUCCAACAGACUGACAGCACCUCACCAGAAAGCCCGCUUGUUGGGCAUGUGGAUGGGCGAGGCUCUCUCUAACCUGGUCGAUAAGGGCGACAAGCGGCUCAACUUCAACACAGAAGGAGAGUUCGAGGAGAUGGCCACAUGGUACAAGGGAUUGACACAGGUCUCGGAUGAGUUUGGGAGCAUGGAACCUCUGUUUGACUCGCCGCCGACAAUUCGUCCAAAGAGGAAAACAUCCCCAUCAAAAGCAGCAAAAACAGCACCAAGACCCACUGGCCAGCAUCCACAGGCCGGCUUCAUCAUUGAAGAGCUUAGUGAUGAAGAAGGGCCGGAGGAGGAUGACCUUGUGCCAUACGCAAAGCCUGAGUCUGACGAAGAGGAUUCGGAUGAUGACCCGACGUUGAUCAGAAGGGACAAGCCAAAGGCUCCAGUGUACAUCAGGGACUUGAUACGGUACCUCCGUGACACAGAAAGCUACGACCUUCAGCGGUUAGCCCUUACAACAGCUCCAACACUCAUCCGCCGAAAAGCCGAGUACGGAACAGAGGUCAAAGAGCACGCUGACGAGCUCGCCGGUCUCUUGAUCGGCUUAAGCGACAAGUUCGAGAUGGAAGACUUUGACGACCUCCGACUCCAGGGAAUGAUCGCUCUGGUCAUCGCCCAGCCAAAGGUCAUGGCCCCCUGGUUCGCCAAAACAUUCUUUGAUGGCGAUUACUCCAUCUCCCAACGAGCCUCUGUUCUGAUCGUCUUGGGUUUAACCUCAAGAGAACUGGCCGGCUUCGAAACAUCUAUUUACUCGGCCGCCUCCGCCUUCCCGUCCAAGACCCUGCCCGAAAAAGUCGAGAAGCUUUACCUACCCCAAUCCACCUCUGUUUAUCAACCCUCUUCGUCAUCCAUUCUUGAACCCCUCCCCCCAAACGCCCUAGAUGGCAUAGCCACUUCCAUAACCGACGCCUUCCUCGCACCAAUGGCCGCAGAAGCAGCCGACAAUGCCACCGGUCCCAACGUCCUGAAGUUGUCCACUUUUACAGAGCGCUUGAACAACCCCGAGAAAGUCCGUUACAUAACCAAAACCAAGCCCCGAAUCCGAAGCAUCCCCAACCUUACCGCCGGUGUGUUAUCAACAUACUUCUUUUCCCCUCUCAUCUCCCGCUUCCAAGCGGCUUUACACUCGUCCUCGUCACGAACAAGGGGGAUAUUAUUCAACCCUUACCUUUUGUCGCUCUACCUCAAGACGUUGGCGUUGAUUAUCCACGCUUCUGGACCUAGUACGCUGUCGUUGCCGCAGAUGACGGGGGAGUUUUGGAGGUUGUUGUUGAAUACGAGUGUGAGGGCACAGGCGGUGGGGGAUUUGCAGUUGACGGGGGCGGUGCUGUUUGGGUUUAUGGCAUUGCUGGAUGUGAAUGAGGAUCGGAUGAGGGAGGUGUGCAGGGAGAUGGGGAGGGAGGUGGUGGAGGCGCAGGAUUGGGUUGGGAGGGUGUUUUCAGGUUUGAAGGGGGGGGAUGAAGGGGAGGAGGAGAGGGUGAGGAUGUUGGCUGCGGGGGUGCUGGUUAGGUUGGGGGAGGCGGUGGAGAGGUGGAGGUUGGUUUUGGUGGGGGAUAUGAUUGGGUUUUAG